AUGCCCCAACUUCUGAGAGAUGUCCUCUGUGUAAUCGAGACAUUCCACAAAUAUGCCAGUGGGGACAGUGACGAGGUAACACUGACCCACAGAGAGUUGAAGCAGCUCCUCCACAACGAGUUCGACGACUUUCUUCAGCCAUACGUCCUUCGUGCUAUGGAGAGAAACUUGAAUCUUCUGGAUAAUGACAGUAAUGGCACCAUCAGUUUUGUUGAAUUUGUGCUUGCAAUCUUUAACUUGUUAAACCUCUGUUAUCUUGACGUAAAAUCAUUACUAAGAACAAAACUAAGACAGGUGUCUAAACUAGAGAAGGAGAAGCCAAGUGAAGUGGAUCUUCAGGCGACCACUAGCAAUGGCCAGAGGACAGCAAGAACUUUGCCAGGUCAGGAAAAGGUGAUACUUCCUUCAGUAAUAUCACCAUCAUCUCAGCUCAGCCCUGAAGAAAAUGGAGCAGUUGGACACAGUAGAGUGGACCCACGGGGAAAUGCCAAGACUCACCACCCACCAAGAAAAGCACCUCAGCACAAUGACUCUAUGAACCAACACCUAGCAGGAGAUGAACAGAGCCAGGAAGUGGCUCAAAGUGUACCAGCAACAGAAGACAAUGGAGCUCAACUUAAGACAAAUAAGCCAGUUGCAGGAUCAGGACAGACUGGCAGUUCCACAAAGGAGGGGGGACAGAAUAAGGAGAUCCCCAGGGAGGGAGAUGAACUAGCCAGGGAGCGAAGUGGCACUAAGACAAGAGACCAGUUUGGAGAUCAGGAAGGUAACUUGGGAAACCAAAAUUCACUGCCAGAAGAAACAACACAGAGACUGUUUGAAGACCAGGAAAUUAGAGCAGAACAGGGUAUUAAGAAACACUCUAAAACUCAGGGACCACCCCUGCAAGGAGAAACUGAACCCAGUUUAGAGAAUGCUGACCAGCCAGAACAAGCUGCUGCCAAGAUAGCAUCUCAAAUGCAGAAAGCAACUGAUCCUGAGGGUGACUGUAGAACAGCUGAGACUCAAGAAUCACCAGCACAAGAAAAAGAACAUGAAACAACGAGCCUACCAGUCCAAGGUAGAGGCAGAAACAUUCCAGAAACACCUGGCACAGGAGCUGAAAAGCAACAGGGGACAGCCCCUGAGGCCCAUGGAUCAGCAGAGCAAAAAGAACAUGACAGAAAAACUCAGCCAUCAGUCCUGGAAGCCCAAACACAGGAUGAGAAGUGUCAUAGAUUCCAGGGAUUAUCAAAUGAAUCAGAUACUAAAAAAGAUUCUGAGACACAAAAUCAAAGCUCAGAAGGAGAUCAGAAUGACCCUGAACGUGAAGGAGCAGCAGUUCCAGGAAUAGAGGCAAAACACACUGAGGAAGGACCAACAGAGGCACUUGUGAACAGCAGAAAUGGUCCUGCAGCAGAAGGGACACCAGGAACAAGAGAAAGGACACAAGAGUCGGCACCACUUGAGAACCAGUCUGAAGGAGAAAAGAGUAGGGUCACCAAGUCUUAUGACAAGCCAGUCAAAGAGAAUGAUGGUUACCAAGGGGAGGACCCAGAGUUGUCAGUCACACAGAAUGAUGAGGGGUCUUCUGAGACUCCCAACAGCCUUGCUCCAAAAGAAGGUAACAGCAGCACAGAGACAAAGGAACUGUCUGUGCAAGAGGAUUCCCAGAGUCAAGUGGACCCACAUGGAGAGUCUGUGCAAGGAGAUCACAAUAAUAACCCAAAUACUCAGAAACAGAGAGCGCCAGCUGAGAAAGACAGAGCCCAGGAGGCCGUGGUGCUGAUAGUCAGAGGAGAAGAUGUGCAGCUCACAGAGGAACAAGAGCAGCCUACCAGAGAAGAACACAAGAGUCCUGGCUCAGAGACCAAAGGCCCAGGUGCAGCUAUGAAGCCCAGUGGACACCCAGAAGCACAGGAGUCCACAGCAAGAGGCGAAAAAGGAAAAUCCCUGGAGACAAAGUUCCCAGGUGCCUUAGAUGCAAAUUUCACUGACCAGCUUUCCAUAAUGCAGCUCCCUGAAAAGGGACAGAGCAGAAGCGAGUUAAAGAUCCAGGGAUCAAGUACCAAAGAAGAGGAAGGUGGAGUACCAGAGUUCCAGGAUACUCUGGUAAAAGAUCUGGAUGAGGGCAAUUCAGUAUCCUCCAAGACACACCCUGGAACAGAGGAUAAAUCUUUAAUGUCCCAGUCAAGCCUUGAAGAGAUGAUGCUGAGAGACCAAGAGCCCCAUUCUGUGGAGAGGAAUACAGUCCAUUCCAGUUCACCACGUCAGUACCUGCAGGAGAAGAUACUGCGGCAAACAAACAAUACCCACGAGGAACACCAAAAUCAAGCUCAGAUAGCCCAGGCAUCAGGCCUACAACUUUGCAAUGAUCAGUCAAGGGCAUCCCUCACCAGUGAGAUCUCAGAUUGUCCUGUCUUUUUCAACCACAGUCAAGUAUCACAACAGUACACCAAGGAGUUUCUACCUGUUGAGGAACCUACUGGUGCACAGAAAACAUCAGCUCCCCAGGCCUUGGAAGAUAAGCAGGGUCACCGUCAGAGAGGGGAACCAGUACCACAAAGGGAGGCGAGAACCACAAAGCAGUGA